AUGGGUCGUCAAAAUAGUAAUGGCGGCCGUAGCCGCAAGGAUCAACCCGAGGCUGUCGCGCUUUUUCCGCCGAUACAUGUUAGCCAUGCGACAGCGGCGUCGGGCCCCAAGGCACCUCCGCGAAACAAGAUGGCACUCUACGAGCAGGUUUCCGUUCCGUCGAAGCGAUUCCGGCCGACGGCUCACCCUCUUGGAGGACCAACUAUGAACGCACCCUCGACGUUUCAUCCCAUGCAGAGCGGGUCGACGGUCCCGUUGAUGCCUCCCAACUACGAGAGUAAAUUCUCCUACGCUCCGUACGCCGCCCAGCAACAAGCGCAGCAACAGCAGCAUCCAACAAACAGCUUCAAAACCCCGCCGCAGGCCGGCAGCAUGCUUCAAUCCCAUUCCGGAAUCGCCAGCAGCACGGGAAGCUUCUCCGAAGCCGCCGCCUUCCAAAGCGCCGGCCAGGCUGCCUUUGCCGCCUGCGCCGCGCACAGUUCCGGCGCAGGCGCAGGCGGAAGUGGCGCAGUUCCGCCGCUUACUCCCGGAACGUGGAAUGGCGCAUCGGCGGAAGGAGGCCUGGCGGGGCUGAUGUCGAAUUUCAGCUGGCCUGGAUCGGGUAACCCGAAUGCGUUACUUAUGAUGAGCCAAGCGCAAAUGUUCGGCGGAAUGGGCGGAUUCGGAGGAAGCUCAGGCGCGGGGUCUCCGCCCGACCGCGGGUGCAUACAUGGAAAAGGGGAGGCGUCCGGGCAGCAGCAGCAAGGGCGGAGUCCGUCCGCGGCGGCUGCGCGUUCCGCCGCCAGCGAGAGGCUCGGGCGCAGGCGCGGGGAAGAGCGGAGCAGCCGCGGAGGACCCGCGCGUAGCGGAGUGGACGACGCGCGGAAAGGGGCGUUGCGGAAGAGCGCAAGCACGAGGUCUGCGGGGUCCUGGGGCCCAGCGGCCACUGCGCCUGCUGGUGUAAUCGGCGGAGGCGGAUGCGGAGGCGGCGGCGGAGGCGGAGGGGGAGGGGGAGCGGUUGGCGCGAUGUCGACGACGAGUGGGCGGAGCAUGAAGAGCACGAUGAAGAGCGGGGCGCGGGGUGCGGCGAAGGGCGGAAAGGGGAAGAAGCGCAAGGAGAUGGCGGCUGGUGAGGGUGCGGAGAUUCUUACACAAGCGCAGCAGGAGCAAGCGCAGGAGCGCGCGGAAGGAUCAGCGGGAGCAGCCGCGGAAGCAGCGGAGGGAGCGGGAGUGGGAGCGGGCGCGGGAGCAGCAGAAGAGGAGCUAUUUCGGGGAAUGGAGGUGCUUCGCGCUGCCGCCGUGGCUGCGCGGGAGGAGGAGAGGCGCGCGCGCGCCGCAACCGAGCAUCCGGAGACUGGUCUUGGGUGCGCGGCGGAUGCGGCGGCGGAGGCUGCAGCGCAGGCGGAAGGGGAUGAUGACGAUGCGAGGAUGGUACCUGCGCGGGUGGGUGCGGAUGAGCGAACGGGGGCGGAGGAAGGAACGGGAUUGGCGGAAACGGAGCACAAGGGGGAAAGCUUCGGGGAGCAGCGCGAGGCGCGGGCUCUAGGGCGCUUCCGCGCGGCUGCCGCCGCUGCUGCCGCUGCCGCCGCCGCAGGCGUUGCUGCUGCUGGGUGUGCUAGCAGUUACCAUGGAGGGAUGGUGGCGAGCGAAGGAGCAUCCCUCCUCCCUGCUGCCGCCCCUGCGCUCCCUGCUCGUCCUGCAUCUGCUGUAUCCGCCCUUUUUCAUUCUCCGGCCGCUGCUGUCUCUGCUGCUGGUACCCCAUCUCCCGCUGCUACUGCUGGAAUGCUGGCGAUGGUGCUGGGGAUGGCGGGAGGUGUGGAGGACGAGGAGGAGCGGUUCCGGUGGGAGAGCAGGAAGCGGAGCAGGCGCGCGGAGGAGGGGCGGGGGCUGGGCGCGGGGGAGGCGGAUGGGGAGGUCGCAGGGGAGCGCAAGAGGGGGAAGGGGGAGGGUGCGGAGGGGAGAGUGAGAGGGGAGGGGAGGGAGGGGGUGGAAGGUAGGGAGAAGGGGGAGGGAAGAGGGGAGAUGUGUAUGGGUGACGUGGUGGGUGCAGUGGGGCAGAAGGAGUUUUGGCGCGUGAGGAAGGGCAUUGUGCGGCAGCAACACAUAUUCUCCACUCAGUUGUUUGAGCUGCACCGACUGAACAGGGUGCAGCAGGGGCUGAUCCUCGCGUCCUUCGCGACCGCGUCGGACCGCCUGGCAGAGCAGGAGAUUAAUCGGCGAGCCGCGUUAGACUUCGUCACGGAGCUAGCCGGCCCGCUGCAGCCCCCCAGCUCCCCAGCGCAUUCCCUUUCGGGGGAGCGCACCCCACCCGCCGGCGCAACCCUCGGCGCAACCUUGGGCGCAAAUCCCGGCGGAGCCUUAGCCUCCGGCGCAGCGCUUUUAGGCGCAAGCCUUAGCGGGGACCUGCCAAUUUCCGCCAAUGAGCUCCCCGUGGCGGUGUUUGCGGUCGACCGCGACCUGGUGUGCGCGCUCUGGAACAAGCGCAUGGCGGAACUGACGGGAUGGGCGGAAGGGGAAAUCAUGCGCCUGGGUCGAUUUGCGGAGGGUAGAUUUGCGGAGCGGCUUUUCCGCCCCGCCAGCGCCUCCGCGCCGUUCCGCCGAUGCGAGGACGUUCUCCGCGCAGCGCUCUUCGGCCGCGAUAUAGUCACGGCGGAGUUGCUUCUUCUGAAGCGCGGAGGCAGCUGCGCGCGCGUGCGGUUAUUCGCCAGCGCGCGCACCGACGCGCUCGGCGCGGUUUGCGGCGCAAUUUGCGCCGUCAUUCCCGCGUCUUCGGGAAGCGGGGGUGGGUCGGCGUCCUCGCUGAGCGCAGCUUCCGCGCAUGGGUUCGACGUUGACGGUGGCGGCGGAGGCGGAGGCGGCUUGCCGCCAUUUGCGCCGUCGUUUGCGGCGGGCGAUACGGAGGAAUGGCUGCAGCGGAACGCAUCGGCGGGGAGUCUGUACGGCAUGCACUCCGUGGACGAGGAAUCCGUGGGCGGUGAGUGGUGGUGA